UGGACUGCCCCGCGAGCUGGCGAGGGUAGAGCGACCGGCGCGCCUUUGGGGGAGAGGAGGCUCGCAGCGCCGGCUCCGGAGGAAGGUGGGUGAUGCUGGACUUUGCUGCCUCUCCUUGGGCCGAUGAUCUGGAUGGAAGGAGAAUAAAUUGUGUCUAAGACUGGUCCAGAGUGGGAGUGUGAGUAGGAAUGCCACUGUAGGAACAAGUGACCUGUCUGGCAAGGAAUGCAGUGUUCUUCUGAGAGCCUCUUCUCCACGUUGUCCCACAGGCGACCACUUCCUCGCUGGAAAGGGUACGGAGGAUUUUGCAAUCAGCCACCUAAAACUUUAGCUGAGCCAACACAAGACUUCUGCUGCAGAACUGAACAAGAUAUUAUUUCAUUUAAUUUUUGCAUCUUUUAAUCAUCUGAACUACAGUCAUAGUUGUUUUGCUUUGAGAAUUGUAAGCUGGAUCUGUUGCUAUUAUUUUUGUGUAUGCUUCUCAAAAUGAUUGACUUGAGCUUCCUGACUGAGGAGGAGCAAGAAGCCAUCAUGAAGGUUCUGCAGCGGGACGCUGCCCUGAAGAGAGUCGAAGAGGAGAGAGUCAGACAUUUGCCUGAAAAAAUUAAGGAUGACCAACAGUUAAAGAAUAUGAGUGGCCAAUGGUUUUAUGAAGCCAAAGCAAAAAGGCACAGAGACAGAAUUCAUGGUGCAGAUAUCAUCAGAGCAUCCAUGAGAAAGAAGAAGCUCCAGGUGGCAGCUGAGCAGAGUAAGGACAGAGCAAAUGAGGCAAAGGAAAGUUGGGUGAAUAAUGUCAACAAAGAUUCUUUCCUUCCCCCAGAGCUAACUGGUGUCGUAGAAGAGCCAGAAGAUGGAGCACCAGCAAAUCCCAGUUCUAGCGUGGUAGUUCCAGCUUCCACCAUGGUUGAUAAGUCCCAGGAAAACACAAGGAAGUCAGCUGUGUCUCCGGCUAAGCAAAGGAAGAACCCAUUUAAUAGCUCCAAGUUGCCAGAAGAUCACUUAUCUCAACAAGCCAAAAGUGAGCCGUCAAAAAAUGGAAAGGCUGGUUUCUUUCAGACUUCAAAAGAAGGUGAAUUGUCAGAGUCAAAAGAAGAAUUGUCUUUCCCGGAUAUUUCAAGCCAAAACUUAGAGAAACCAAAGCAGACAUUUCCAGGCCCUGAGAAUGGAUCUCAGAUCAAAGCUCCAAUCCCCAAAGCCAGGAAAAUGCUCCACAAAUCACAUGAGUUGAAGCAAGAUGAUAACCAGCCUUUUCCUAGACAAAGGACAGACUCUCUGGGCACAAGGGGGACUCCGAGAGGGAUCCUGAAGCGCAACUCCAGUUCUAGCAGCACAGACUCUGAAACGGUUCGUUUUCAUCAGAACUUUGAACCCAGAAGCAAAAUUGUGUCACCUGGCCUAACCAUCCAUGAGAGAAUUUCUGAGAGGGAGCAUUCCUUGGAAGAUGACAACUCUUCAAACUCACUGGAGCCACCAAAGCAUGUGAGAUUCUCUGCAGUGAAGGAUGAACUCCCACAGAGCCCUGGGCUGAGCCAUGGCCCGGAAGUAGGAGAAUUUAGUGUUUUAGAAUCUGACAGAUUGAGGAAUGGAACGGAAGAUAAAGCGGACAUAGAUGAGUUUUGUGAUGAUCCUAAGCCUCCCCACUACAGAAAGCCUUUGCCUUUGUAUCAGUCAGCCUCAAGCCCAAGUGCAUCAAAAAAUGAAAUACAUCAGCCAGUGACUUCUGGUUCUUGUCCAAUUAAUGGGCACCACUCUCCCUCACAAGUUUUACCUGCAAGUUUUACCUCCAUUGAGAAUUCACCCAACAUCAAUGAACACAAAGCCAAACCAUCAGAAUUGUCAAAGCUUGAAUCAGAAUUGUCCAAAAGCCCUGCUGAUGGACUGUCUUGUGUUGAGCCUGAGCCAUCUCAGGUACCAGGUCACAGUUCUAGAGACCAUCAGCAAGGUAAGCCCCCUCUUCUCAAGGCCCUAAAAGCUAGGACCUCCUCACACUCUGAUCCAUUUGCCACUGAGAUAAGGAAGACAACUGAUGAUUCCAUAUCUAAAGUCCUAGACUGGUUUAAUCGAAGUUCUCAUUCAGAAGAUAUUAAGUCAUCGCUCCAACAUCCCCAAGGAAUAGAGCCCAAAGAAGAAACAGACUCAGAAUCACAGAUUGCUGCUACUUUGGUGACAGAUGACACCAGUGUAAAACAAAAUGGCUCAAAGUCUCUAUUAUCUGCCAAAGUUAAACUGACGCCUGUGGAAUCUGAUUUGACAUUCCAGGGAAAAGGAAAUAUACUACCUUCUGGAAAUUGCCAAAAUAACAAUGUGAAUAUCAAACCUAAGUCUAUUAAUUUGCUCCAACAAGGCAAGGAAGGUCUAGGCAUAUUGCAGUCAUGUGAAACCUAUGACCCAAAUCGAGGGUGUAAGACUAUGGACUAUAGCCAAGGUUCAAAAAACAGAGGAGAAGGAAAUCGGGUACUUCCCCCAACCAGUAACUAUUCCUACAGUGCUCUCACAGGACCUGAUGCAGAAGACCAAGUUCUAUGCAACAUUAAGGAUGUUGGUACCUUAGGUGAAGAAGAACCUAAGCUUCAUGUUUAUGAAAAAAAUAAAGGAAACUCAGAAGUAAAAUUUGACUCUUCAACACUUGUCAAAGAAUCAAGUUUGAAGGACAACCUGAAGACAGAGAAAAAGAGCAAAGAAGAAAAUACAUACAUCCCGAAAACCUCCUUAGAGCCAGAGGUUACUGAGUCAGUAUGUGGGAUUACCAAAGACAAAUCUUGGAAGAAGUCUGAGGUCCAAUUACAGGAAGCUGGUGAGGUUCCCAAGAACCAAGUGCAAAGAGAAAAAUACAAAAGAGUAAGCGAUAGAAUAUCUUUCUGGGAAGGUGAGAAAACUGCUAAGUUAACUCAUAAAGAACCCAUAUCAUCAUGCAGUCAACGGCGACCUUUUGCUAAAGCAUAUCAGCCUGUGAAGUCCAUGGACAAUUUAUCUACAGACCAGACUGAAUAUAAUCAAGUUACUAACAAACAAGUGGUCCUAGAGGACAAUGGCCACAUAGCCCAUCUCUCCAGCUUUUAUUCCUCGAAUAAACCUAAAGAGACCAAGCAUCAGAUACCAGGUCCAGCCAAAAACUAUCCUUUAGUUGACCAAUCAGGUGAAGUGUCCCCAUUUCAGAAUAAGAUAAAUGAGCCUAUAAAAAUGUUGCCGGAGGUAGAGAGUUCGCAUUAUAAAAGGGAUCUUACUUUAUUGUCAUGGCAACAUCCUUCAGAUGUUGAGAGUGGAAUAUAUACCCCUUUGGAGAGAGACAGAUCUCUAACUGGUGAAUCAGGUCCCAACUUUAAAGUUAUGUCCCUGAAAGAAAGAAUGGAUGAACCCAAUACAGAACAGGUCUAUAAUCACUCUCAAUUUGAAAAUUUGAGAAAGUUUUGGGACUUAGGAGCCAAUACAAAUAGUCAUGACAAUGUUGAGAAGAUUACUACCAUAGUAAGCCAAAAACAUUUGGUGCCUUUUAAUACCCAGAAACACAAAGAAUUCAAUGACAUUAAAUCAUCAGGAAAAAAUAUCCAUGAAAUAGGGACACUUCCAGGUAAAAAAAAAUUCCCAGCAAAAGAGGAAAUUGAGAAAUUAAAUUCAAAGUGCACACUCCAGGUGUUACCAGAUGAAACCACAUUUCCAUUGAGACCAUCCAGAAAGCCUGCUCAUCGGUUGCCAGGAAAUGAGUCAUCAAAGGAAAAUGUGAACAAAAAUACGGAAUCUUUUAUUACACCAGUGUUCAAGGAAGAAAACGAUUACUCAGAUCAAGAGAUUCAAGAAUCAAUAGUUAAAACAAGUGUUUUGUCUAACGACUACAAAGACACUUUUAAUGACAACUUACAGAAGCUACUUUCAGAAGCUUCAUCACCAGCCAUGCAGACUUCUGGUGGAAAAGUUCAUGGAAAACAAGUGCCUGAAGGAGAUAUUUCUAGAAAUAAAACAUGGCCUCACAAUACAGAUUUUGCUGAUACUGAGGAAGAAGACAGAGGACAUAAGGAGAUCAUUAAUGAGCAUGUAGAGAAAACAGUAGCUCCUCCAAAAGUCAAACCAAGUACUUUGACUGCUAGUCUAGACAAACUCCUGAAGGAAGCGACUGGAACUUCACAUUCUCCCUUACCAAACAUGUUAGAACCUGUUACCACUAGGAUCAACUCUGAGCCGAAAAAGAUUAGAGUUUAUGAAAAAGGGAUAGAGUGGAGUCACAACACAUCAGCCUAUCAUAAAGAGAUAAUGGCUCCUUUUCCAAAAGGCGAAGAAACUUUGGGAAAUGCAGCUCUCCCCCAGAAAACUGAAAGUGGUGAGUGCCAGCUAAACAUGGAGGCCUCGUGUCAGAUGGCUGCAGAAGGUUCUCACCCAUCCCAUCUUUACAGAAAGGAUUCCUUUGGAGAUGUGGCCAACUCUCCCCAAAAGAUGCCUUCUUCCAGGGAUGCUCAUCUUGCUUCCCAAAGGGAAAUUUCAGAGACUGUAGAAAAAGUCAUUCUACCACCUAACCCUGCCUUGAAGGAUGUAAAUGCUGUAUUACAAAAGCUACUUAGAGAAGCUUGUUUGAAUUAUCCAGUUGGGAGGGAAGUAGUGCCUGGAGAAGUAAAAGCAGAAUUUUCUGAAGGAGUACAGGCAGCAGGUAGCCCCCAGAAUUCUACACCAUGGGCUACAAUGGACAUUUUAAUUCCAGACAGAAAGGAUUUUUAUCCCUUCAACGUAGUUCCUGAUAAAACUCAUAAAGUUGGAUCUUAUUUAGCUGCCCCUGCUUCUCCAUCAGAACAAACCCUUCACUCAUCUGAUUCCACUGUUACUCAGUAUGGCAAAAAGUUUUCCCAGGAAGUGGCAGAAAUUGUGAGGGAAACAGUUGUUCAACCUAAAUCAGAGUUCAUAGAAUUCUAUGGUGGCUUAGAAAAACUACAGAAGGAAGCAGUUGAAAGCCCCUCCUCAAAAAAUGCAAGUGAUACAGGCACUCUUUCUCCAUCAAAGUUAACAGGUAGUACUGAGGUGCCCAGGCAAGCUGCUUCUGAAUUCCAUCCUGAGGAAAUCAAAGAAACAGUAAAAAAGUCUGAGGCACCAUCAAUAACUGAGAGUGCUUUUGAUAUUGGUUUUGAGAAACUCUUUAGAGAAGCAUCAGAAGCUCCUCCUUACCCACUCCAGGUGUCAGUGAAGGAAGAAACUCCCGAGAAGGAGCGUCCACAGUCAGAGCAGUCCAGUGUCAUGAAGACAGUGCACCGUUUUUAUGGGACAGCCUCAGAGACCUCUGAGAGGAAGCUUAAGAGUAAUGUUCUUAAAUCUCAAGUCAACCAGUGCGAUGAAAUGUUAGGAGGAGACCAAGCUGUAACUGACUUAUCAGUAGAUCUUUGUGGUUCUGAAAGUGGGGUUGAGAUCCUUGAAACCCCACAGCCCGAUGUGGAACAUAAAAUAGGGGUCACUGAAACUAUAAUACCCCCAGAGGACAGAGAUAGUGAAAGUGAGGUUUCAGGGGUUCAAGAAGGGGCUUCUCAGGAAUCUUGUUUUGAAGAGACUCCUAAAGCAAUGAGUGUGUCCAGAAAUAGGCAACCCAUUCCUCUUGUGACAAAUGAAGAAAACCCUACAAAAACAAAUAAAGUUGAAUUGAUUCUGGCAUCACCAUGUAAGAGAGAAGAGAAAAAGGAAGCAAAAGAAGGUUUCUCUGACUCUGAUUUUUCAGAUGGAAAUAUUGGUUCCAAUGCAGAAAGCUGGAGAAAUACCUCUAGUUCAGAAGAAGAACCCAGUCCUGUCUUGAAAACUUUGGAAAAGAGUGCUACUAGGAAAAUGCCUUCCAAAAGUCUAGAAGACAUUUCAUCAGAUUCACCAAAUCAAGCAAAAGUAGAUAAUCUGCCAGAAGAAUUAGUACGUAGUGCUGAAGAUGUUUCCACAGACCCUUCACAGCCUGAUAAUCAGUUUUCCCACCCUGACAAACUCAAAAGGAUGAGCAAGUCUGUUCCAGCAUUUCUCCAAGAUGAGAGUGAUGACAGAGAAACAGAUACAGCAUCAGAAAGCAGUUACCAGCUCAGCAGACACAGGAAGAGCCCAAGCUCUCUAACCAAUCUUAGCAGCUCCUCUGGCAUGACGUCGCUGUCUUCUGUGAGCGGCAGUGUGAUGAGUGUUUACAGCGGAGACUUCGGCAAUCUGGAAGUGAAAGGAAAUAUCCAGUUUGCAAUCGACUAUGUGGACUCACUGAAGGAGCUGCAUGUUUUUGUGGCCCAGUGUAAAGACUUAGCAGCGGCAGAUGUUAAAAAACAGCGCUCAGACCCAUAUGUAAAGACCUAUUUGUUACCAGACAAGGGCAAGAUGGGCAAGAAGAAAACACUUGUAGUUAAGAAGACUUUGAAUCCUGUGUAUAAUGAGAUACUGCGGUAUAAAGUUGAAAAGCAAAUCUUAAAAACACAAAAGCUGAACCUGUCCGUUUGGCAUCGGGAUACAUUUAAGCGCAAUAGUUUUCUAGGGGAAGUAGAACUUGACUUGGAAACUUGGGACUGGGACAACAAACAGAAUAAACAGCUGCAGUGGUAUCCACUGAAGCGAAAGACCGCACCAGUUGCCCUUGAAGCAGAAAACAGAGGUGAAAUGAAGUUAGCUCUCCAGUAUGUCCCAGAGCCAAUUCCUGGUAAAAAGCUUCCUACAACCGGAGAAGUGCACAUCUGGGUGAAGGAAUGUCUCGAUCUACCACUGCUAAGGGGCAGCCAUCUAAAUUCUUUUGUUAAAUGUAUCAUCCUUCCAGAUACAAGUAGGAAAAGUCGCCAAAAGACGAGAGCUGUAGGGAAAACCAACAACCCUGUCUUCAACCACACCAUGGUGUAUGAUGGGUUCAGGCCUGAAGAUCUGACGGAAGCCUGUGUAGAGCUUACUGUCUGGGACCAUUACAAAUUAACCAACCAGUUUUUGGGAGGUCUUCGGAUUGGCUUUGGAACAGGUAAAAGCUAUGGCACUGAAGUGGAUUGGAUGGACUCCACUUCAGAGGAAGUUGCUCUCUGGGAAAAGAUGGUGAAGUCCCCCAACACUUGGAUCGAAGCAACCCUGCCUCUCAGAAUGUUGUUGGUCGCCAAGAUUUCUAAAUGAACUCAAAAUCCACUGGCUCCUGCACUAAAAACUAGUCAACAGGUGGAAUGUGAUCUUAAAAAUCUGUGUGGACAGAGAUUCUCACCUGCUCCCUAUUUUCAUUAAUGGAUGCCACACAGCAUGUUAAAGUCAACCUGCAUGUGUUUCUUUGAUUACAAGGCCCAAGAGAUUUAAGUAAUCAUAAAAUGUCUAGCUUAUUUGUGACCUCAACAUUGAAGAAGCUACUUGAGAAAACUAGCAAAAUCAAAUGGUACUGCUGCUUCAGCGAAAACAUUGUCAAAACAUAUUAAAUGUAAGGUGGUGUCGAUGAGCAAAAUAUUCUACUUUGCCAUUGUAUGUUUCACACCACAAAUUUGUGUGACGGGAGGACCUGCUUCUCAGUGGAUGAAAACCCUUGCAGGAACUGAAAAUAUACAGUUUUGGGGAAAAAGGGAGAAAAGUACUCCUAUAAGAAGGGGUGGGGGAAGUAUCAAUGAUGAUAAAGAAUUUGACCAUAAGAAAAUGAUUUACUCUGUAAUCUCUGUUAUGAUACGGAAUUCCAUGUUAGGGCAGUGAGACUGAAUGUACUUGCAUGUAUUUCUUUCUGCCUUUGACACUGCUUUCCUUCCCUCCUCUCCCGCACCCCACCCAGCGUCAGUCUCAGAUGUGCUUCGGUGCCACCUACUGGCUCAUAGGUGGAAUUCAGUUUUUGGCUUAAUUUUCUCCUAAGCUCUCAAGCCUGUAUUUUGUUAAUAGACGAUAUAAAAAAAAAAAAAAGCCAAAAACCUUGCAUGUAUAAGAUUCUGGUUUUCCUAUAACUCUACUAUAUGAAAUUAGCAUGAGAGUGGCCACAGGCAUGUUUUGAAACAAAAUUUUAAUUAGAAUGUAUAUUGUUAAACUUUGCUUCCUAUGUAUAAUUUUCAUAAAAUAUUUUGUAAAAACCCUUAGAAUAAAUUAUAUGAUUUAUUGUGUUGUCAA